AUGUGGAUUAUCAACUGGUUCUACGACGUCCUGGCCUCGUUGGGCCUGCUCAACAAACACGCCAAACUUUUGUUUCUCGGACUCGAUAAUGCGGGAAAGACGACGCUGUUGCACAUGUUGAAGAAUGAUCGCGUGGCUAUUCUCCAGCCCACUGCUCACCCUACAUCCGAGGAACUGGCCAUUGGAAACAACCGCUUCACCACCUUUGAUCUCGGUGGUCAUCAACAGGGUACCUCCCUUUUCCCUCUUUUCCUCUCUCCCAAAGCAAUAAAACCAAUGCUGACGCAUCUGAUACAAAAAGCUCGCCGCCUCUGGAAAGACUACUUCCCCGAAGUAAGCGGCAUCGUCUUCCUGGUCGACGCCAAAGACCACGAACGCUUCCCGGAAUCCAAAGCAGAGCUCGACGCCUUACUCGCAAUGGAAGAACUCUCCAAGGUGCCCUUCCUCAUUCUCGGAAACAAGAUCGAUCAUCCCGAUGCCGUGAGUGAGGAUGAGUUGCGUCAUCAUAUGGGUCUUUGGCAGACGACAGGUAAAGGCAAGGUUCCGUUGGAGGGAAUUCGGCCUAUCGAGGUUUUUAUGUGUAGUGUUGUUAUGAGGCAGGGAUACGGAGAAGGUAUCAGAUGGCUCUCGCAAUACGUCUAA